AUGCAGUAUCAGGGAGAACAAUCUCCCGCAUUGCAGGUCCAAUUCUGGAACUUGAAUCGAAGUGACGGUAGCCUGAGCAGGCUUGGAUUGCGGUGGCGGGUGCUAGCUCUGGCUUAUCCCAGUUUGUGCAGGGAUAGUUCUACUGAGAUCACGUGGAUUCGAUAUCACAGCCCCGUUAAUCAUCACCGAGCGAAGAGACUACAUAAGCUUCCCGUCCUUGGAUUCCGUCAAGAGCAGAACGCCGAGGAAGCAUACGCCACGCACUGGAUCUUGAAGAGAGGCAUGGUGCUCUCAAAUUCCAACGCAUAG